UUGUGGUAGAGAAAGAGCAUGUUGUCGGCAUGUCAGUUAAAAGCUCUGUGGGUCCAGACCCAAACAAUUAUGACCAGGUCCUCUCUCACAACUCUCACAUAGCUGAGAACCAAGAUCACAAAGGAGGUCAGCACGAAGACUCAGGAUCAACUAGAAAUGCAGAACCAAAACCACAGAAGAGACAUCACAGUAGAGAAAAUAACAACACUGAAGACAAGUCUACCACUUUAAAGAUACAGAGUAAUACAGAGAAACAGUGUUUUAAAUGUGACACUUGUGGGAAAUCAUUUAAGGCAAGGUCCACUUUGCGCAGACAUCUCAGAGUCCAUACAGGUGAGAAGCCACAUACAUGUGACACUUGUGGGAAAAAAUUCUCUAAGCUGGGCACAUUAAAAGUGCACAUGAGAGUCCAUACAGGUGAGAAGCCGUACCCAUGUGACAAUUGUGAGAAGAGAUUCUCUGAGCUGGGCAAAUUAAAAGUUCACAUGAGAGUCCAUACAGGUGAGAAGCCGUACCAAUGUAACAAUUGUGAGAAGAGAUUCUCUGAGCUGGGCAAAUUAAAAGUGCACAUUAGAAUCCAUACAGGUGAGAAGCCAUACAAUUGCAAAACUUGUGGGGAAAAGUUCAGAUAUGCUUCUACCUUGGUGAGUCACAUGAGAGUCCAUACAGGUGAGGAGCCAUAUACAUGUGACACUUGUGGGAAAAAAUUCACUACGCUGACCAACUUAAAAGUUCACAAGAUAAUCCACACAGGUGAGAAGCCAUAUACAUGUGACACUUGUGGGAAAAAAUUCUCUACGCUGGGCACAUUAAAAGUGCACAUGAGAAGACACACAGGUGAGAAGUCUGUCCCUCAUCUAUUGCAGUGAUCUGGAUUUAAUCCCUGUGCCCCUGCCUGAACGGUGAUCUUUUGAAUGCCUGGCAUUUAAAUGU